UUUUUACUGUUCUGAUUGAAUUUGAAUACUUCUUUAUUAUUGGAUAAUUUUCUUCUUCAGGAACAAGCUACCCUUUUGGCGUUCGAAGGCUUCGAUCCAAUAGCCGAUGCUGCUGAGUUAAGGAAUGCUAUGGAAGGGUUAGGAACUGAUGAACAACCAAUGAUUGAUAUCUUGGCUCAUCGUACUGGUUCCCAAAGACAAGAGAUUGCUCUUUCUUACAAAACUCAGUUUGGCCAGGAUCUGAUUGAAGAUCUGAAGAGCGAACUAAGUGGAAACUUUGAGGAUGCUCUAGUGGCCCUCUUGACACCCCUCACCGAAUAUCUGGCCUCUGAACUAAACAAAGCUCUAUCAGGACUUGGGACCAAGGAAGAUACACUAAUUGAGAUACUGUGUACCAGAAGAAAUGAUGAGAUUAAAGCUAUCACCGAAACGUAUGAAAGAUUGUUCGAGAGAAGCUUGGAAGACGACAUCAAGAGCGAUACUUCAGGAGAUUUUGAGAGACUUAUGGUCUCCAUGACAACAGCUGGACGAGAGGAAGGGCCAGCCGACCCUGAUCAAGCUAGGACAGAUGCAGAGGCCCUGCACGAAGCUGGCGUGGAGAAGUGGGGAACAGAUGAGUCUACUUUUAACUCUGUCAUGUGCUCUCGCAGCUACCCACAUCUUCGUAGGGUGUUCUGGGAGUAUGAACAAAUAGCUGGUCAAUCCAUCUUGGAUGCUAUUGACAGUGAAAUGUCUGGAGAUUUGAAGACAGGGAUGCUGACACUUGCUAAAUGUGUUGACAAUAUUCCACUGUACUUUGCGGAAAAGCUUCACAAGGCUAUAGAGGGUGCGGGCACAGAAGAUCAAGUCCUUGUUAGAAUCAUCACUACCCGAUGUGAAAUUGAUAUGAUUCAGAUUAAACAUGAAUAUAAAAAACUGUAUGAUAAAUCACUGGAGGAGGCAGUUAGUGAUGACACGUCUGGAGACUACCGAAAGCUUCUGGUCACCCUUGUUGAAGAUAUUUAACAACUUGCUUCAUCCUUCCCUCCUUCCAGGAGGAUUAUACUCAAUUUGCAUACUUUAAGCAAAAUUCCAUAGGUGCAAGUAAUAGCAAAGCUUAUAGUAGUUUCACAGUCUGCCAUUAAAUAAGUUUACAUCUGUUUUGUUUUUAUACUUUGUUGUUGUUUUUUUUCUUCAAUUUAAUUUGGUAAUUUCUAAACUGUUUCAUAACUUUAUUUGUUAUUAACGAAAUCAAGUAACUUAGUAUCCUUUUUAUUGGGCUUUGAAUCUUUAUAUAUGUUUAUGUUUAAAUGUACGUUCAUUAAUAGCUAUGUUUUAAAGAAUGUGUUUGAAAAUAUUGGAAGAUUUUUUUUUCACUUUCACAAGAAUGGCAUUGUUUAUGAAUUCAGUCUGUACAGUUAAUGCAAAGUUGAAAAUUGUCUUGGGAAUAUUUAAUUUUUGAGUCAUUGCAAUAAAGUUUUUGUGCACCCACACAAAUUGAAA